AUGGGGCGUUGGAUGAAACCAGAGGUUUAUCCUCUAAUGGCUGCCAUGAGUUUUGUCACUGGAAUGUGCGUCUUUCAGCUCACAAGGAAUGUGAUCCUCAAUCCUGAUGUCAGAAUCAACAAAGUCCAUCGUUCGACGCCGGUGCUCGAAAACCAAGAGGAAGGAGAAAAGUACGCCGAGCACAGCCUCCGUAGGUUCCUCCGCACGCGGCCGCCGGAGGUGAUGCCCGCCAUCAACCGCUUCUUUUCCGACGUCAAGUGA